AUGUGCGAGACGCUAAAGAACAAGUACCAGGUGUGCGAAGAGAUCGGCCGGGGCCGAUUCGGCGUGAUCUCCCGGUGCUUCUCUCCGAAGAAGAACUCCUUCUUCGCCUGCAAGACCAUCGACAAAUCCCUCCUCGCCGACCAAGCCGACCGCGACUGCCUCGAGAAGGAGCCCAAGGUCAUGCUCUUCCUUCCGCCGCACCCAAACAUCCUCCAGAUCCACGACGCCUUCGACUCCGACGACUCCCUCACCUUGAUCCUCGACCUCUGCGAGCCCUACACCCUCUACGACAAGGUAAUCAAGAGCAAUGGCGGCCUCCCGGAGCCCAAAUCGGCCGGAAUCAUGCGCCAGCUGCUCGAGGCCAUCGCCCACUGCCACCGAUUCGGCGUCGUCCACCGCGACAUCAAGCCGGACAACGUCCUCUUCGAUUCCAGGAAUCGGGUCAAGCUGGGCGACUUCGGGUCGGCCGACUGGGUCGUGGACAGCGGGUCGCUGAGCGGGGUUUUCGGGACGCCGUACUACGUGGCGCCCGAGGUCCUGAUGGGGAGGGACUACGGCGACAAGGUCGAUGUGUGGAGCGCCGGCGUCGUUUUGUACGUGAUGCUCUCCGGGAUCCCGCCGUUUUACGGGGAGACGGUGGAGGAGAUCUUCGAGGCGGUGAUCCGGGGGAACCUCAGGUUCCCGCCCAAGGUGUUUCGAAACGUUUCGUCGCAGGCCAAGGACUUCCUCCGCAAGUUGAUCUGUCGAGACCCUUCCCGAAGAUUCUCCGCCGAACAAGCCCUCCGGCAUCCAUGGAUUGUGAACGGCGGGGAAGCCAUAUGA